AAGUGAGAUAAAUGGUUUAUGUGCACCAAUUGCACCGUUGACACAGGGGCGCCUUGACACACGGGAGGUCGCCGUGCUGCGCACCCGACACCGGUGGCCCUGUCCUGGCUGGAUGUCUGUCCUUGGCCUCGACCCUCCUGCCUCUGUUUCUCUCCUUCCUGUCCCUUAUUUGUGCCUAAAUAACCGCAUGCCAGUCCGGCUGUUGCAUUGACUCCUCCAACUGCUUGCGAUGUUGACGGCUGUCACCGCCUCUCUUUCUUCCUCUCUCUUCCCUCCCUCCCUCCCUCUCUCUCUCUCUUUCUCCCCUCUUCCUUCCCACCCUCCUCACAGGCACCCUGCCGACACCGUGGCAGCCACAGAGGACAUGAUGCCGUCCGUGACCACAGUCACCACAAACUCUGACACCAUCACCGAGACCUUUGCCACUGCCCAGAAUAGCCCCACCAGUGAGACCACCACGCUAACCUCCAGCAUCACACUGCCAGACACCCCCGUGCCCAAUGCCACCGCUGGGGCCCCCAACCAGGGCACGCCUUCCAAAACGGCCGCUGCCCCUUCGCCCCCACCGGCCUCCGCCCCCAAAGUGGCCCCCCUGGUCGACCUCAGCGACACCCCCACGUCCCCUCAGGCCGCCGGCAAUUUAUCCUCCAAUGUCCUCAACCACCAGGGGGCGGUGUUGAGCCCCAGCUCCACCGCCAAGGGGCCCGAGGCUCCCAAGGGCCCCGCUGUUGCCUCCCCACCCUCAAAUCCAGCCAGCCUUCCGGCCUCAUCCGAGCCCAGGCAGGAGGCAGCCUCCAGUGCCAGGAGCCCGGAGAAGGAAGCCGCGCGGAGCAGCGCAGCCAAGAGCCCGACGGAGGCACCGAAGACCGCGGGGGCCCCGAAAGGCGAGGCGGCCCCAGCGGGGACCAGAAACCCUCCUCAGAAUGAGGACUUUAAAAUGGACGAGGGGACCUUCCAGACACCUAAUCUUGACCUUGCCAAGGAUGUUUUUGCCGCACUGGGCACAGCGGCCUCCGCUGCCGAAGCCCCAGCCGCAGCUCCUGCAGCCACCCUGGAGACCUCGGCAUCGCCAGCGCCUGCCAAGACAGAGUAGGCCUCCCGCUUGUGCCCCAUUGUGACGCGCCCCUUCUCUUUCCUGCACUGGGGGGGAUGGUCACCGGCCCACUGCUUUGCCCCCUUUUUUCUCUGUGUUAACCUGGCUUUUUCUCUAAGCGAGCUAACCUCCGCCGUGGCUCCUUCACCAUGAC